CAUCACUUGACCACGCAAAACACUGGGUCCCAACCCAACCCAUUGCUGCCGCUGCCACCUGACGUGCCAUUGCGUGCUGCCUCUACUGUCCUCCCUACAACCACCACCCUCUCCCCCUCCGCCUCCGCACCUCAUUCUUCUCCCUCUGCUCGUCUUAUCUUUUGCUUGAUCUCUAUAUGCGAUCAAAUUGACUCCUCCUCCCACCCUCGUUCACCAACGACAGCCAUGUCUACGCCUUCCAUUCCUCCUCGCCCGCAGCGCAAUGCCCAGCAAAAUGGCCAGACGACUGUCCGCAGCGACCAGCCCCUCGUGCCUCCGAGGCCUCUCCGCAAGACGGACCCCUCGCCCACUCGCUCGCCGUUGAACUUUCCGCCCUCGGCUAUGGCCACUCGCCCGCCGCCGAAAAGAACGAGCCAAGAGCUGCCUCGCAGACCCCCGAGCGUGUCGCUGCCAGACCUCGGUCACGAGGGAGAUGAAUACUCCAGCUUCGACCAGCUCCCUGCUGAAGCCAAAGCAGACAAUGCUGAGCAGACGAGGAAUAUUGCGGCGGACUUGCCGAUGCACCAGCCCAAGGCAUCUGUGCCGCAGUCGACAGCCACGAAAAACAUUUCCAAAGUCACGGAUACCGACUCCACCACCGCUGCAGGGCUCGGCAUUGGCCGCUCAAAACCCGCAGAUGAUGUGCAUAAGAUGCCUCCCGGAGAUUCUUCGCCCGCCUCGCCUUCCCGCAUCACUCGUGUGACCAGCAAUUCCCGGCGGGCUCCCUCUACCGAGCCUCCCAACAUUCUGCGCACCAAGGCCAGCUUCAACCGCUCCUCUCAGAGCCUGGGUCUGGAACGCCAGACGUCUCGUCCUGGUAGUGUCUAUGGCGACGACACCGAGCACGGCAUUCCAGAAAUUGGCCAGCAAAUUCCGUUGAACAGAUUUGCUGGAGACGCUCAAGCUCCUACCCCAGGCUCUGGUCAAAGUACGCACGCGCCGGGAAUCGGCUUCUUCAACGAUGGCUCGGCCAAGCAGCACAAGAAGAAGCAUUCGAGACAGGAAUUCUUGACUCACGACAGCUAUGGUCUCGAGCAUGACGAGGAUCAUGCAGAUCAAUUCGAGAGGGAAUGGAUGAGGAAGCAUCCUCAAGAGGCGGCCAGAGAGCAGAUUUACCGCCAUCUCCCAAAGCCCGAGAGCGCCUUGAGUAGCGAGCAAUUGAAUAGGAUCGUGCACAGCAACGACUCUGGCGCCGCCCCCAUGCCCAGCACCCCAGGCGAGGAAGAUGCCAUCCAAGAGUACCUAGCUCGCAUGUCUCCCCAGGUCUCCCACGACCAGCGCACCUCCAGCAACGAUGCCACCCUCGGUUCGCCCGUGCGGAAGACCUUUUCGAGGAGUUUGCAUCCCGAUGAUGCCGCCGAGGACGAUCAUCACGCUGCGAGAAAGUUGCACCGAUACGAAUCCGAAGACGAGCAUACACAGCGUGAUGGCACCCCGAUCCUUGCUGCUGACGAACUGAUGAAGCGUCCGGGCAGUGCUUUCAUGCCUCCUGCUGUGGUUCCUGAACCGCGCGCCGAUGAUGAUUAUUACUACGAAAGUGGUGGUGAGCACAACAGCCGUCGCAGUAGUAUGCACGUGCCCAGUCGUCCAUCAAGUCGGCCGGGUAGUGUUCACGGCGCUCAGAAUCUGCAUGGCUACGGGGGCGGGUCUCUGCAUCGUUUUAUCUCGCACGAAGAGGUGCACCACUCCGGCAGUGGCACUCCUCUCGAAGAGAUCGAAGAGUAUGAGCCGCUGUUCCCAGAAGAUGACGGGAAAGCGGAGAAGCCCAAAGCAAUCAAGAAGCGACCUGACCUCGCGGCCAUGCAUCAUUUCCCCAGUCAAGACGUGUGGGAAGACACGCCGGAUUCGUUGCAGUAUCUCGCAGAAGUGUCCACUCCUGAGCUGGAGCGACAGCAAGAGGCUAUCGACGCGGACCGAGCAGCCGGUGCCGUAUUCGAGACACCAGAGCAAGAGCAGGCGCGUCAACGUGCAGGGCCGGACAUGACGAGUAAGGAGAAGACCUUGAUCCCUCCACACUUCAAGCCUGGCGUCAUCGAAGAGGUCAAGGCCGCACAUCGACCCGGUGCACAUCGUUUCCCCAGCUCCGAUGUGUGGGAAGAUACGCCGAGCAGUAUGUUGGGCGAGACCACAGUCAAUCUUCCAGACAUGGACGACGUGAGAAGUCCGCCUGAGGAGCGGGCAACCACGUCCGCGCUCCCGUGGAGCCAGGAUGACAUGGAUGCCCGUGCCACUACUGCUGGCGGAAUGGGCAACAAGCCGUCAAUACCUUCCCGACCACAGCGACCUUCGAAAUUGUCGGCUGAAAAGAAGCUGGGUGAUGAGCAAACAAGUCCCACGAAAACGAAGCCGCCGGGUAUCCCAGCAAAGCCUAGUAUUCCGGCUCGACCGACGCGAUCUUCCCGCGAGGGUGAUAGCGACGAGAAUGUUACCUCGCCACCUCAAGCCAAGGCGAAACCCGCCGUUCCAGCACGGCCCGGGUCCAAAAUUUCAGCUCUUCAAGGCAACUUCUUGAGCGAUUUGAACAACCGCCUGAAGCUUGGCCCGCAAGCCAUCCCCAAGAAGGAAGAAGUGCCGGCCGCCAGCGAAGAAGCGGUUGAACGAGAACCUCUUGCGGAUGCACGCAAGUCUCGCGCCAAAGGUCCUGCUCGCCGCAAGCCCGCAUCCUCGUCGGAUCGCAAGCCCUCGCAUACGUUCGCCAUGUCUCCACUCAUCACCUGUUGGACGAUUGACGAGACCGAUGAAUUGCAAGUGCAGAAUGAAUCUGAGAAGGAGAACGCUGAUCCUGAAGCUGAGACCGAGAAAGUAUUGGAGGCAAAUGAGAAGACGAAUACAGAUUCUGCUGCACCUCCUGCGAGGGACGUUGCGGCAGAAAUCAGCAAGUCCCGUCAUCCUUCGGAAACCGCACAAUCGCAUGCGGAAUCGGCCGAGGCAUUGAAAGCUGCGAUUGCUGAGGCGGGUGCUGGGCCCAAGGUAAAUGCCAUUGAAGAGGAGGCUGCCGUGGCUGAGACUCCAGCGGAAGAGAAGAGUGCUGUAUUGGAGACGACGGGAACUGUCAAGGCAGGCGACAUUCCUGGUGGGUUCCCGGGCGAAGACGCAGAGGGAGAAGUGGUUGUGAAAGAGACUAAAGAGGUGGCAUGAAAAACAGAGUCAUGGUGCCGGAGUUGGAAAUAAACAAAAAGUUGGUUAGUUAAUGAGAUGUCGACGUAUUCGCAUAGUGUUGUGUUGUUGAUGUCCGGUGCAAUGUCUCGGGCUAGUACCGAUCUAAAGUGCGUGCAUCUGCGUGGAAGCAGGACGAACCAGGGUACAUGGAGCAGGAUGGCCCUCACUCACUGAUGCGGAAGGAGAA